ACCUCAGAAAACUUUAGGAUUAUUGGCUGCAUAUAAUAGUUUUAAUGCUGAAGAAUUGCUUCAAUUCAGAAGAUCAUUUUGUUAUGAAUCAGGAGAUACAGUCACUGGAAGUGAAUUAUUUCCAGAAAAAUAUUAUCUUCAAUAA